AUGCCCCCUUACACCAAUUGCCCCAAAUUAGAAGAUGGUAAGCACUCCGCUUCGCAUUCUUCUCCUGCAUUCAACUACCCAGGAAUUGAAGUAAUAAUCCUCGACAUUAUAAAACAAAAAUUAAAAUUUGACAUAGUUGUAACAGACAGUAGUUUGACUCUGUGGGGUUCUAAAGAGAAUGGUACUUAUACGUUGAUGAUGGGAGAGCUGUUUAACCGAAGCAGCGACAUGGGAAUUGGAGCUUUUCAUUCGAGGGUUGCAGAAAAUUUGGACUUCGAUCUCUCGGUCCCUUACUUGGAGGAUUCAACCACCUGGGUAGUACCAAAGGCCGCACUCCUUCCGGAAUGGAAGAAGCUUGGUCUGGUAAUGAAUGCCGAUAUGUAUUUCUCCAUUAUUGUUAUAAUACUCGUCGUUGCUCUUGUAUGUCUGUUGUUAUACAAAGAGAACUUCUUGGCAACUGUCUAUAAUUUAUAUCAAAUACUGUUUGAAGUUAGUCUUGCGUCUGUACCAUCUUACAAAUUGAUAUUAUUAUGUUGUAUUUUGGGUUUCAUGGUGAUUUCUACCAUGUUCAAGAGCGUGCUCAUCAGUGUUUUGUUAAGUGUUAAAUACGAGCACCAAAUCCAAAAUACAGAAGAAAUGGUUAAGUCUGGUUUGGAGCUUCGAUUUGAUAAAGUCAUAAAAAAAUAUUACGAAAGUGACAAUCCAGUCGACAAGUACAUUUUUAAGAAUUUCAUUUUCUGCCCCGAUCCUAGGGUUUGCAUAAAUCGUACAGCUUUCGUCAGAGAUACAGCUACCAUUGACUUUAAGAGGGUUUAUAUGUAUAACUUGCCGAAAUACUAUGUAGAUUCAGAAGGUAACCCAAUGAUUUACAUAUUCAAAGAGUCUGUAUUUCCAGUGCACAUACACAUUUUCUUCAAUAAAGGUUUCCCCAUGUUGCAUCAGGUCAAUAAAAUAUUGAUGAAUUUAGAAUCGAAUGGGAUAAUCAGGCAUUUGUACGAUGAGGUAGAACGCGAAGCAACUCAGGCGUUGAGUAGAAAAACAAAUUUAUUCACCAAUGUUUUAAACUUAAAACAAAUGGCAGUGGCGUUCUUUGUUUUGAUUUUAGGUUGCUUGAUAAGCCUCGUUGUGUUUAUAGUCGAGUUUGUUAUUAAUCUAUAA